AUGCGCGACCUGAUCUACCGCUGUAUCGCCGAGGUCGUUGGCACUUGGCUGAUGGUAUUCGUCGGCACCUCGGUGGUCGCGGCCGCCGUGCUGACCGGUGCUCAGGCUGGUCUCUGGCAGGUAGCCGUCGUCUGGGCCCUGGGCGUCUCCAUGGCCAUCUACCUCACCGGCGCGGUGUCCGGCGCCCACCUGAACCCGGCCGUCAGCCUCGCAUUCGCACUCUUCCGCCCUCGCGACUUUCCCCUCCGAAUGCUGCUCCCCUACUGGUUCUCCCAGAUGGUGGGCGCAAUCCUGGCAGGGUUGACCGUGCUCCUGCUCUACAGAUCCUUCAUCCGCCACUUCGAGGAGCAGCACGGGAUUGAGCGGGGCGAUCCCGGCAGCCAGCUCUCCACGAUGAUGUUCGGCGAGUACUUCCCGAACCCCGGAAUGGUGGGCGUCGACGAUGGAGCCCUGGCGUUGGUCACCCCGCUGGGAGCCGCCGCAGUUGAGGCCGUUGGCACAGGGAUACUGGUGCUGAUGAUUUUCGCCCUGGUUGACCGUCGCAAUACCAGCUUGCCGGUCAAGUACCUUGCUCCGGUUUUCAUCGGCCUAACCGUGGCCAUGAUCAUCAGUAUGCUGGCCCCGUUGACCAUGGGCGGCUGGAACCCCGCCCGCGACUUCGGCCCCCGCCUGGUCGCAUUCUUCGCCGGCUGGGGAGAGGUUGCCAUACCUGGACCGUCCGGCGGCUUCUGGGCAUACAUCGUCGGCCCCCUGAUUGGCGGUCCCCUCGGUGCUGCGGUCUACGAGUUUCUGAUCCGCCCCGCCUUCCCGCCCGACCAAUGUGACGGCUGA